GGCGGUGGGGGGAAACACCCACAACUUUCCACCCCAGCUGCAGCUUUUUCGGCCGCUGCGUAUUUCCUCCGAAACCACAGCUGCUGAGCAACCAAGUGCAUGGGGCACAACACGUCCCCUUGUUGUGGGAAGUAAAGUAGCUUUCCCUCCUCUAUUUUCUCCUUUCCUUUCCUUCGGCUUGUCCUGGGAGCCUUUCCCUCCGGAGCAGCGGCAGUCCCGCGUCCGUCGAGUGCUCCAAGCAGGGAAAGUUCAUCAGCUUGAUAAUGGAGGAGAACAAUGACUCCACCGAGAACCCCCAACAAGGCCAAGGGCGGAAUAAUGCCAUGAAGUGUGGGUGGCUGAGGAAGCAAGGAGGCUUUGUCAAGACUUGGCAUACUCGCUGGUUUGUGCUCAAGGGAGAUCAGCUCUAUUAUUUCAAAGAUGAAGAUGAAACAAAGCCCUUGGGUACUAUUUUUCUGCCUGGAAAUAAAGUCCUUGAACAUCCCUGCAAUGAAGAGAGCCCAGGAAAAUUCCUUUUUGAAGUAGUUCCAGGAGGCGAUCGAGAUCGGAUGACAGCAAACCAUGAGAGCUACCUCCUUAUGGCGAGCACCCAGAAUGAUAUGGAAGACUGGGUUAAGUCCAUCCGCCGAGUCAUAUGGGGCCCUUUCGGAGGAGGCAUUUUUGGACAGAAACUUGAAGACACUGUCCGUUAUGAGAAGAGAUAUGGGAACCGUCUGGCUCCAAUGUUGGUGGAACAGUGUGUGGACUUUAUCCGACAAAGGGGGCUGAAGGAAGAGGGUCUGUUCCGACUGCCAGGCCAGGCUAACCUCGUUAAGGAGCUCCAGGAUGCCUUUGACUGUGGAGAGAAGCCAUCAUUUGACAGCAACACAGAUGUACACACAGUGGCGUCACUUCUUAAACUGUAUCUCCGAGAACUUCCAGAACCAGUUAUUCCUUAUGCAAAGUAUGAAGAUUUUUUGUCCUGUGCCAAACUGCUCAGCAAGGAAGAGGAAGCUGGUGUUAAGGAAUUAGCAAAGCAGGUGAAGAGUCUGCCUGUGGUCAAUUACAACCUCCUGAAGUAUAUUUGCAGGUUCUUGGAUGAAGUACAAUCCUAUUCUGGAGUUAACAAAAUGAGUGUGCAAAACUUGGCCACUGUCUUUGGCCCUAAUAUCCUGCGCCCUAAAGUGGAAGAUCCUUUGACCAUCAUGGAGGGCACUGUGGUGGUCCAGCAGUUGAUGUCAAUGAUGAUUAGCAAACAUGAUCGCCUCUUUCCCAAAGAUACAGAAUCGCAAAGCAAACCCCAAGACGGCACAACCAAUAACAACAAUGAAAUUCAGAAGAAAGCCACCAUGGGCCAGCUACAGAAUAAAGAGAACAAUAAUACCAAGGACAGUCCUGGUAGGCGGUGCUCUUGGGACAAGUCCGAGUCUCCCCAGAGAAGUAGCGUGGAUAAUGGAUCCCCCACAGCUCUACCAGGUAGUAAAACCAACAGCCCAAGGAACAGUGUUCACAAGCUGGAUGUCUCUAGAAGCCCCCCGCUCAUGGUCAAAAAGAAUCCUGCCUUCAAUAAGGGCAGUGGGAUAGUCACCAAUGGGUCCUUCAGCAGCAGUAAUGCCGAAGGCCUGGAGAAAACCCAAACCACUCCCAAUGGGAGCUUACAGGCCAGAAGGACCUCUUCGCUGAAGGGGUCUGGUACCAAAAUGGGCACCCACAGUGUACAGAAUGGAACAGUGCGAAUGGGCAUUUUGAACCCCGACACACUGGGCAAUCCCAUGAAUGGUCGCAGCAUGAGCUGGCUGCCCAAUGGAUAUGUGACCCUGAGGGAUAACAAGCAGAAAGAGCAAGCAGGGGAGUCAGGCCAGCACAACAGGCUCUCCACCUAUGAUAAUGUCCAUCAACAGUUCUCCAUGAUGAACCUUGAUGACAAGCAGAGUGUCGACAGUGCCACCUGGUCCACUUCCUCCUGUGAAAUCUCCCUCCCCGAGAAUUCCAACUCCUGUCGCUCCUCCACCACCACCUGCCCUGAGCAAGACUUUUACGGGGGUAAUUUUGAGGACCCUGUUUUGGAUGGGCCCCCGCAGGAUGACCUCACCCACCCUGGGGACUAUGAAAACAAAAGUGACCGGAGGAGUGUGGGAGGUCGAAGCAGUCGUGCCACCAGCAGCAGCGACAACAGUGAGACAUUUGUGGGCAACAACACCAGCAACCACAGUGCCCUGCACAGUUUAGUGUCCAGCCUGAAACAGGAGAUGACCAAACAGAAGAUAGAGUAUGAGUCCAGGAUAAAGAGCUUGGAACAGCGAAACUUGACUUUGGAAACAGAAAUGAUGAGCCUCCAUGAUGAACUGGAUCAAGAAAGGAAGAAGUUCACAAUGAUAGAAAUCAAAAUGCGAAAUGCUGAGCGAGCGAAAGAAGACGCAGAGAAAAGAAAUGACAUGCUUCAGAAAGAGAUGGAGCAGUUUUUUUCCACGUUUGGGGAGCUGACAGUGGAACCCAGGAGAACCGAGAGAGGAAACACGAUAUGGAUCCAGUGAGCCUGCUUUCUCCCACUGUCUCCAAUGGCUCUGGCAAGGGCUCCGCGGUGCUGGCGGGAACAUUCUCCGGGACCAGGUGGCUGGCCCCUUGCUGUACAGUGAUCUAACUGUUGAAGGAAUAUCAUUUACAGACAUUACCCAUCCAUAUCUGCAAUGUGUACCAAAGUUCUCUCAUGCCCCAUACUGCUACUGUCAAGUGUUACAACUGGAUUUGUGUAUAGAGAGUAGUUUUUAAAAAGUAAACUAAAAAUGAGAAGUAUAUCUCAAGAAUUAUUUUAUUGCAAGUCUUGUAUUUAAAAUGUUAAAUCAAUAUGUCGUUGCAAUUUAGCUUGCUUUCAAGCUUCACCCCUUGCACUUAACAUAAGCUAUUUUUGGCAUUGUGUUCUCAUCAGCUUAUUUUAUAGAUCAAUAUUUUUAUUUCCCCUUUUGCUGAGGAAAUGAAGAUAAGCAGAUAUAUAAAUAUAUAUAAAUAUAUAUCAGAUGAGUUAUUAAAAUCAAAAGAAUACUUUGUGGCUGUGCUGUUUGUGCCGAUAGACCUCACCAUGACCAAAAAGAGAAGUGUAAAUGGUUUUAUAAAAUACAAUAGAAUCACCAGGAA